UAAUAACAAGUUGCUGCUUUUUUUUCUUCGUUACAUCACAACUGUGCGCCCGGAACAAAAAUUUCCGUUGACAGAUUUAAAUGGUUCUAUGGUUGAGGCACACCUCCUCGAAAGGGACGCUAAGACUGGUCGUUAGGCUGGUAACUAGAGACUAUUCUCUUUUUUGAGAUGCCUAUUGUAUCAGGUGUUAAGAAGACACAGUAAUAAUAGUCCAACACCAGUUUUAGUACCUACAAAACAACACUUGGCAGUUAUGUCCUCGGCCAAGGAAGACACGUUAUCUCCAGAUGAGCUUAGGAAAAGACUCUAUCAAACUUUUAAAAACAAAGGAGUGCUAGAUACACUCAAAACACAGAUGCGGAAUCAGCUUAUCCAGGAGUUAAAACACCCACCUUUGACUGGAGGAGAACCAGUCCCCAGACCAGUAACUGUGAAAUCUGAACCUCUUUUGGUCUCAGCCUGUAACAGCAUAGUGUCUGAUCAUCUCCGCACCUCAGGGUAUGAGUACACCCUUUCUGUAUUCUACCCUGAAAGUGGCCUGUGCAAAGACAAGGUUUUCACAAAAGGAGACCUUCUUCAGCUUCUUAAAAUUGACCCUGAAUCAGCCCUUUACAGAUCCCUGUCUUCAAACAAAGAUAAAGCAGGGUUCCUGAUCAGCCUUUUAACACAGCUAACACACCAUUAUACUCAUGGCCUGUGCCAUGAUGCUGACACUCAGACAACCAGCACAGCAAGUUACGGAGAGUCUCUUGUUGCGAAGAUGAAAAUGAUUGAUAAGGAAUAUGAGAACUUCAAUUACAGUGGGGAAAAAUGGUUUUCUUUCCAAUCCAAACUGGCUGCCCAUAGAAAAGAAAUUGAAGCACAGAUGCAAGCAGAAAUGAACACAAAGAUGCAACAUUUUAAAGAUGUUGAAAUCGCCAAGGUGAGGAUGGAAGAAAAAGCAAAUUUUCAUAAAGAAUUUGGUAAGCUGAAGCAGGAGCUGGAGAGGACUUACGAGAUGAAGGCAAAGGCGUUAAUGGAGCGGGAGAAAAAUGCCAUUGAGCGACUACAAAAACAACAAGAGAUUGAAGAAAAAAAUGUGUAUAUGCAGAGACAAUCGGUCCUGAAAGAAAUCGAAACCGUGCGGAACAGAGAGAAUGAGCUGAGGAUGAGAAUCGAGGCUUUUGAAAAGACUUGUCAAAUUCAUGAGGAGAAGGUCAAGACCACUGAAGAGCUGCAGAGGAGGCGAGAACUGGCAGUGAAGACGAUGGAGGACACGCACGACCAAAGGCUGAAGAAUGAACUUUCAAGGUAUCAGCUUGAGUUAAAGGAUAACUUUAUCAAGAGAACAGAAAAACUCACAGAGAAUGAGAACCGAAACAAAAUGGAAACUGUUCGUAUCCAAAAGGAGUCCGCUGUAAUUAAUGCCAAAUUGGAGGAGCACAGCAGAGCAUGUUCAGAGCUGAGACGGCUGCAGGUUGAGCUGGACACAGCACAGCAGCAGAUUUCUCUGAUGUCUCAACAGAAGGAGCUGUUAAGGGAACGACUGGAGACCAUGAGUGACUACCCCAGCUUGAAAAGAGAGAAAGCAGAGCUGCAAGGCCAGCUGCGGCUGCUAAAGAAACAGCUGGAGGAGGCCCAAGAGGAGAACCGUCUUCUCCGUGCUGAUUUGGGCCAGCCGUCCAAGGAGCAGCUGGUUCUGCAGAUGGAGCUACGGAGGCUGCAGAGCGCUCGCAGACUGGAUGAGGAAGAGUUUGACAACCAGAAACAGGUGUUGCAGGCACAGCUCCAGAGUGAGGUGGAACGGUGUGCUCAGCUAAAGGCUCAGUUGGCAAAGUGUGAGGAGAGGUCACAGUGGAUGACUAACCACAUUGAGGAAAUAAAGUUACAGCUUCGCCAAACUCAACAAGCUCUUGAAAAUGAAGUGCUGCGUAACCCCAAGCCCUCUCUUGUCGAUCGCUCAAUACUGGAGCUGAACGCUGACAAGCUGGUUCCCCCUGACAUCUAUGUGGACAGAGCUCUGCUGAGGGCCAGAGUGGGUUAUGAUGAUGAUUGUGAAGCAGGUGGGCGCAUGCGAGGACACAAGUCGCCUUGGAAUGACUCUCCAGACUCCGACAUGGAGCUGGUGGCUGAGGCCAAGGCUCGGAUUCAGGAGCUGCAGGAGGAGGCUGAGACCUUAGAGGAAGCCUACAGGAACUACCAGCAGAGGGCAGUGCGCUCCACCAUCUCACACAUGCUUCCCCCAAGACCUCUUUCCCCACAACGAGCACAUCCUACACAUCGUCCCGACUCUCCCCUGAGAAAACAAGUUUCUCACCAUUCACACGCCCACUCCCCCCUCAAAUCAAAGGUCUCACACAGGCCACCGUCUCCACAAACUACCAGAACCCCAUCCUAUGCACCCUAUGACACCAGAAACACUGUACCACCUUCACAACCAAGAGUGACCUUUUUAGAAGACCAUAGCCAACCCCAGUCCACAGCUUUCACUGACCACAGUCUCCAUUUGGUGACUGAAUCUCUGUUUAUAAGAGAUGGACACCCCCAGGAUGCAAGCAGCCAUCCACCCAGACGUCUGUCCUCCACAUCGCACUCGUCCUCCAGGAAAAAGCAUCAAAGAGAGAUUGCCGAAGAAGCAGUUGCGUCUCCGAUGGCGUUCCCGGAGUUGUCGUUUGACAGACGGCUCCCUCGUGACCCCCGCGACGAGGUGGAGACCUCCGGUGACUUUUCCUCUGAGCUCAGUCCACCUCGCAGUCCUCAGCUCAAGAGCACAGCACGAGACCAGUCCAGUCCACCCAAGCUGCACCCUGUGUUCUCCAGCUCGGAUUCUUCCCCACAGCCUGAGAAAAUAGGCCUAGAAGAUCUCACAGGGAUUUUGUCAGAGCCCGGCCACAUUCCAGAGCUUCUCCUGGACACUGCCGUCCCUCUCUCUGAGGAGGCCCCUGACGGCCCCACUGUCCCCCACCCACAGGACCUCCCAGAACACCCAAUAGACUUGCAGGGCCAGGCGGAAGUCCCACAAGCCUCAGGUGAAUCUGCUAGGGAAGAAGAUGAAGAGGACAAGGAGCAGAGGUGGGAAAGAGAGCGAAAGGAAAGACUAGAACAAAGGCAGAGGGAGCAAGAAGAAGCCAGAGAGAGGGAGCUGCAGGAACUUGAAAGACUGGAGAAAGAGAUGCUUUUGCAAGAGAUGGAGCAACCAGGACAGAGAGGAGAAGAAGAAGUAGAAGAAGAAGAAACUGGAAUUAAGAAGGGAGCAGAUGAAGAGCAGAAGCAAGAGGCAGAUAAUGAUGGGGACGAGUCCAAAGGUGAAAAUCCAUUGGAGAAAUACAUGAAGAUGGUCCUGGAAGCCAGAGAGAAGCAACAUGCACAGGGGGGGGGGUGUUUUCAGAGCCCUGGAAGAGAAGAAGUAGGACAUACGAGCCCAGAGGCCAAGAGUUUGUCUGAGGAGAAAGACGACAGUAUUGCAGCAUUUUCACACAAGGAUGAAGAUGAUGAUGAUUUCUGGUGAGCUGGUUGUUCCAGGCUGCCAUCGUGAACGGAUGAAAUAGCCUCUGUAUUCUUGGACAGUUUGGGUUACGCUUUACUUUAAGUUUUCUACAUAAGAGUGACAUGACACUGUCAUGAACGUGUCAUAAAACAUUAUAAACAAGUCAU